AUGGAUUUGUACCGCAGAGCUUUGGACCAUAAUUGGAGAAAAUCUUUGAUGGAGAAGAAUUAUGCAGUUCUUGAGAGAAUUGACGAAGGUAGUUUUGGAGAAGUCCAUACCAUUCAUAAAAUUGGUGAAACAGUCCUUUACGCUGUAAAAGCAAUUCGUGCGAAUGGUGCAGUAACGGAUGAUGAGUAUAUUUUGGCAGAAAUUAGAAGCUUGCUGGAAUUGCGACAUCCACAUAUAGUCGCUAUGUACGACCUGAUUUUACAGGACAAUUUCGCAUGCAUCGUUAUGGAGUAUGCAACGCAGGGAAACCUUGAAAAAUACACAAUACAUCAUCAUCCUAUUGAUGACCAAUUUUUAUCACAAUCAUUUAGUCAGAUUUUAUCUGCCGUAGCUUACUGUCAUUCUCGAUUCAUAGCUCAUAAAGAUAUCAAUCCUAGUAAUAUUCUCAUAUUUAACAACGACUGUGUCAAAAUAGCGGAUUUCGGGUUAGCAGUCAAGUGCCACGAUUCUUGUGGUUGUCUGGUAUUAUGUGAAGACUAUCUGGGCCAGAAUUCAUAUUUAGCGCCUGAAAUUCUUAAUCGCUGCCCUCAUAAUGCAAUGAGUUCUGAUGUAUGGUCUUUAGGUUGUCUUCUCUACUUUAUGCUGUGUGGAAAACCACCCUUCGAGGGAACAGCUGAGCAAAUCGCUCAGUGCCAAGUAAAAAUAGGAUUUCAACUUCCUACUAAAUUAUUAAGAAGUGUGGAAUUUAUUCAGGGUAUUUCCAAUGUGAUAAAGAAGUUAAGUAAAGUGGACCCCAUGUUGAGAUUGAGUAUACAUCAAUGUGUAGAGAUAUGGGAAGACGUUCCAGACAAACACGGAACACACCACUAA